AUGGGUUCUGUACAUUCUUCCUCUCCUACUUUUCUGGUCGGAGCCUUGUCAACAACCGUCAUCGUCACGUUUGUAGGUUAUAUUGAAUUUCUUUUUAGUAAUCUGAAGCAAAAAUUCUUGGCUGACCAAAUUGUUCGACAGAUAACCAUUGCGAUAUAUCGGCUUUUCUUCCACCCAUAUGCUAAAUAUCCCGGCCCUUUUUUGGCCAAGCUAACUAGCUGGUAUUCUGUAUACCACACCUAUGUGGGUGAUCUCCAUACCGAUAUUUGGGAGUGCCAUAGGAAAUACGGUAAUCUCGUCCGAUAUGCGCCGAAUCGACUGUUGAUCAACACAGAAGCUGCAUUCAAAGACAUAUACGCUCAUGAUAAAAAUGUUCAAAAAUCCAAAUCUUACUUGCGCAUAUCGCUUGUCCCUGGUGUUCACCCUACUUUGGGAACAUUGGAUAACAAAGACCAUUCCAAAUUUCGGCGCAUCCUCAACCAAGGACUUUCGAGCUCCCACAUUCGAAAGAUGGAUCCAGAGCUUAGCUCUACAGCAUACCUGUUUGCUGAGCGCUUGGGAGAGCCGCAAGACCGCUUUUCGCCAUCCCGACAGGAUAAUGCUGGGGACGGGUGGACGGCCUCGAAGAACAUGGCAGAGUGGUGUGACUUCUUCACAUUUGAUGUUAUGUCAAAGCUUGUUUUCGGAACCUCAUAUGAUCUUUUGACGUCUUCAGAAAACCAUUGGAUUGUCGAUGGAGUGUCGGGCCAGAUGAGACGUGUGAGUUUCCUCAUGCAAUUACCGGAGUUGGAGAGUAUGGGCCUUCAUCACAUCCUUUUUCCUCAAGCGCGCCGAAAAGCGCUAGCUUUCUCUAAGAAAAGUAGGGAGAUUUUUGAGGCGCGACAGAUAAGAAUGCAUGAUAAGACGAAUGUUGAUAACUUGGAAGAGAAUACCGAUCUCUUUUCCAAACUCUUAUCUGCCCGGGACCCCGAUACUGGACAAGCGUUAUCUCAGCAACAACUCUGGGCGGAGAGUAAUCUAUUGAUCAUCGCUGGUAAGUAA